AUGGGUGGGCCCGAUCCUAAAAGGAACUCCCGAAACAAAUUCAAGAGGCGAUCCCAGACAUUGAAAGUCAAAGCUCAUGAGCUUGUCAAGCUCUGCGAUGCAAAAGUAUACCUGGUCAUCAAUCAUCAGCGAGAAUCGUUCGUCUAUAACACAGUCGAUGAUAGAUCGUGGCCCCCUAGUGAUGAGAAGCUGGAACAGCAGUAUCCCAAAUUGAAACGAUCGAGCUUCAGUAAGGUCGAAAGCCUUCGGGGAAGCUCCGAGAGUGACUUGUCUCAGCUCACUCGGUAUUUCGCCGCCAGAUCGAAGGAGUUUCGAUUCUUAGAGGAUCUCUACAGGGACAUGGAUCCAGCUAAUGUUGUUGCUGAUGAAGAGGCUUUGAAGAUCAUAUCGCGCGAGCAUGAUCAUGGCAAAAGCCAUGACGAGACUAUACUAUAUGUUUCUGAUUAG